UUUAAAGUCCUUUAAGAAGUCCGCGUCACGUCCUAUUUUGGAGAGGCGCUGGACAUAUUUCCGGGGAGUACCUGAAUGCAUCACAGCGGCUGGUUCAGAGGAGCAGACGGCUGGUCUCGUUGCUGUGACAAGUGACGACAAACAAUGGAGAGCCCGACUGAGGCUGCACCCGCCGACCCCUCAGCACGCACCUUCGCCCAGGUGGUGUUCAUCGACGUCCCCCGCUCAUACCCACCUUCGACCCACAUCACCUGCCUCUACACCCUCACCGCGGCCUUUCAGCCCAACCCCAGGGACUGGGUGGGCAUCUUUAAAGUGGGAUGGAGCACAACGAAGGAUUAUCACACCUUUGUGUGGGUGGAGCCGUGCCUGGACGUGGAAGGGCAGCCGUCCGUGACAAGACAAGCCGCUUUUAAGGAUUACUACCUGCCCAAAGACGAGAUCGAGUUCUACCAGUUCUGCUACGUCGACAGCACGGGCCAAGUGCGAGGAGCCAGCACUCCUUUCUGUUUCAGAAGCCCAGGGGAGCAAAGCAUGGAGAGCAACCCGGACGACGACCUCCUGGUUAUCACAACGCAGGAACAGGUCGAACAGAGCGUACGUGAGAAGGCUGAACUGCACAAGGAGGUGAAUCAGCUAAAGGAGGAAAAUGAAAGCUUAAAAAGGGCUCUCGAGACGGCACAGGAAGCAGCCAACAGCUUGAAGGUGCAGAAGGAACAGGAAGAAAAGAGUCAGCUGGUCAAAGAAAUGGAUCAAAUCAAGGAACAAAACGAAAACUUAAGGAGCGCACUGGAGGAACAGCUGAAAGGAAAGGAACUCAUAGAGACGCACACUCAGGAGAAAUACAACCAAGCUGUGAAGAAGAUAAACCAGCUCAAAGAGCAGCGUGAUGAGCUGAGGGCGAAGUUGGAGGCUCAGAGUGAGGAGGACGCCACGCUAAAGUCCAAAAUCAGAGAGAAAGACGGCGAACUGUACAAAAUGAAAGACUGCAUCCAGCUCCUGCAGGUUGACUUUCAGAGCAGCGAGAAAGAGAAGGAGAGGCUCUCUGCAGAGCUGCAGAGGUUGCAAAGCCUCGUGCACAACAUGGCCGACAUACAGAGAGAGAACCAGGAGUUAUGCAGGAGGCUGUCACAGCAGGAGACACAGCAGAGCUGUCCAGAGGAAGAUCUGAGGGUGCGGUGUCAGACUCUCACCUGCCAGCUACAGGACACUCAGGCCAAGUUGGCAGCUGCGAGAGACGAGCUCAGAAACUCCAAGAGAAAAACAGAGUACCUGGAGCCAGAGCUGGUGAAGGUCCGGGAGCAGCUGGAGAGCCUGAAUGCAUCAUAUGCGGGGGCUCAAAAGAAAAUUGAUAAACAGGAGCUGCAGCUCAGAGAGCUACACGAAGCGGCCGCAGAUAGAAACGGCGCCAUAGAAGACAACGAACGCAUGAUGAAGCUCGUCAGCCACGAGAAAGAAGAGCUGGCCAGAGAAAACCAGAAUCUCAUCGGCGAAAUCGCGGAGCUGCGCAGAGCUUAUGAUGACCUCCGAGCUGCUCCACCUGCCGGCUCGCCAGCCAACAACAUUUCAUCCAUCCGGGAAGGGCAGCAGCCGGAGACACCUGAACAGGCUAACAACCUGUAUGAGAACAUUGAGGACGCUGCAGACCUGGAGGAAGAACCGCUGGUGUGUCGUCACUGCCAGGAGAGAUUCCCUCUCAUAACCCCACAGGAACUGGAGCAGCACGAGCACAGUCACCGAAUCUGUCCCUUCUGCGCCAUGGUCUGCGACAACAUGGAGCAGUCGGUGUUCGAAGACCACGUCUACAGCCACGAGCUGUGAGAGCGGCUGCAAAGCGCCCGCUGGGUACCACUCAAAUGUCUGGAGAAAACAAACAAACAAACAAGCUAAAGAGUCUUAUAAGGUGGCUCAUGUGUAAAGGACCAGGCUGAUAUUUUUGCACUCAUCUACUGCAAAUUACUUCGACUUUACGUUACUGUUGUAGAUUUCUUCCUUCCCUUAAACACACCCGUUAGUCUCCAUCAUGUGUCCAGCAUGCAACACAAAUCAGCUGGCAGAGACUUGAAACCCGCCUGAGUUAUAUAAUCCCUCACAGUGAACAUCACGUCCUCGUUUAUUUCGGUCAGAUGUUUGUGCCACAGCACUGUAAUGUGUGUGCGAGUGCAGAUGCUUUGCAAAGGUCUGCGGGGGAUUACCAGACAACUUGGGCCGAGAGCCGUUUGAAAUGUUCUGUGGUGAUGUGAUACCUCCAGACUUUCUUUCAAUAUCCAAAACUACAAAACAAGCCAAAGUUCUUAAUUGUUGAACAUUUUCGAAACACAAGCAGAUAAAAAACUGGCAAAAAGAUUCUGAUUUAAAUCGGGAUAGAAGAGACAAACACGAUGAUGAACCGACCGGAUGUGUCAAGUUUUCGAGAUGAUCUUUUGGACAAAUCUGUUCAGACUCUGAGCCCUACAAGCUUUUAUGAGAUAAACAGUGCAAAAACUAAAGGCAGGCCUGAUGUUCACCGUUAACUUGAAUGUAUUGACUUUCAAUACUCUGAAAGCUGAUUUUCAUGUUUUACUAAAAUCAGUGAUUGGAAACUAAAGAAAAACCUGUGGUAUCAUUUAACAGCAGGAAUUUAUGUAUAAUUAGUAGUAAAUCUGCAGAAACAUGUUUGGAAUGGUCCUUUAAGUUGAUGAGAUUGUAAUAUAAACUGAAGUGUGGCACAUAUUAACUUAAUUUAGUCACUUAGUAUCGCAUCUAUCACCUCUCUGAGGACAUUCUGAGCUACAAUAACCAGACUAAACAAGUUAAAGUGUUAUGUUGAUCUUAAAAUGUAUAUGAUAGAAUGGAUUGUAACAAGUAGCUUUAUAUCAGUGAAUAAAUGUAAGUGCAUUUAAAUGGUAACAGUGGGACAAUAAAAAAAUGUAGGUAAACCAGUA